AUGGCCAAUGCGCUCAACCGCCCCCUGCCGGUUGCCUUUAUGACCAUGGAUCGUGGAGCGAUGAACCGGACUUACUCCCUUGCGUCAACAACUCUUCGCUACAAAUUUCCUCGCCUGAGCACCCACCUUUACGAGACGUUGCGCCUGUCGGAUGAAGAAAUCUUUGAACCCAUGUUUCAAUCGCUCCUUAGUAACGGCCUCGACGUGGAGCGCCUCAGUCGCAUCUGGGACUGCUGGGUGUUUGAGGGUGAUCGCAUCAUUAUUCGUGCCGCCAUUGCAAUUGUCGGAUGCUUGCAGCCACAACUGUUUACUUUUACCCAGCCGGACGACCACAGCCGUCUGGCGGUGAAGAAUCUUCUUGCAUGGGGACCCCACGACGUGGGAGCCAAACCCAAAGAGCGUCGGAGCGCUCCCGCUGCGCCCGUUGCUGGUUUUGGUGGACUGGCCAACGGCGGCGUCGGCGACUAUUGGAUCAUGUCGUCUGUUGGCGACGAGGAUGGGUUCAUGAACGAGGUGCGAGAAGCGGGCAAAGUUCGAUCUCAAUCCUGA